CUCAGACAUAGAGCCCACUCGUCGAGCGCGCUCGCACGCCGCGAAUCGCCGGACCGGUCGGCGACGGAGACGACAGAGCCCAAGUCGAAGCGAUCCGAUUUUGCCGGCGGCAGCGACCGGAGUAUGGGGCUGGGAGGCCGGGGCGUGGUGGGAGACAGGUGGUCGCAACGCAUCCUCUGGAUUUGCGCCCUGGGCAGCGCCGUGAGCCUCUACUUCGUGGCGGUGGAGAGGCAGGCUCAGAAUCGUGCGCGGGCGGUGGCGGAGGGCCUCAAGGCGCUCGACGGCGCCGGGGAUGACGUGUGACAGCGGUGGACGCUGCCGUGCAGAGGGCCUCCUUUGGUUCACAUGUUCACAGAACCUCAUAGCGUUGCAAUAAUGUACUAAACAUCUGUGCUCAGUCUUUGUAGAAUUAAAUGUGGAUCAAUGUGAGUGUUCUCCUAUUUCACAUAAUUCAUCUGAGCCUUUGUUGCUGCACAGAAAUGUUGAUCCGUGCCACUACGUGAGUGUUUUCUUAUUUCACACAAUUUGUCCAUUUAAGGAUCCACAUGAUGUAUUCCGUAGAGUGGAGUAACCAGAAUUCAAUAACUGUGUAUUCACUGUGUUUUUUAUUGUCCAAUACAAUGCAUAUCACAAAAUAUCAAUAUGAAACUGAAGAAAAUUUACUGU